AUGAACGAACCCACAAACACCUACGAACACACAUAUCCCUCAGCAAGCAAGAAAGCACAUACCACCAAGCCAGCCAGCGCUUUCCAACACAGCACACCCACCCCCAGGCUCCAGUCCUCAUCAACACCCGCCUCCUCAAGAAGCCUCAGCCAGGAGAAACGAUGGUACGACCGCUUCCGAUUCUCUUCCGUCCAAUACGCCCUCCUCAGCCUCCUCGCUCUCCAGUCCAUCGCCGUCAUCUCCAUCCUCUCAACAACCGUCGCUAAGAUCGAAAAGGAAAUCCAAUUCACUAACCCCCAGCUCAGGACUAUCUCCACCUAUCUGGCCAUCUUCAUCAUCGCAAACAUCUUCCUGAUCCUCAUGACGAUCGACCUACUGCUCAAUAAAAACGUCGUCCAGUUGAUCGCCCUCUGUUUCUUCAACACCUCCAUGGCCGUCUACGGAGCAGUGUUGCCUAACCAAAUCCAAAGAGCCCUACAUAACCCCGGAGGCGCAGUCAGCUGGAAUGGUGCUCGGGAAGGAACAUCCUGUAACAUGUAUCUGAGCUGCUUUGGAGUCCAAUAUCUAUAUGGAGAAAUCGCAGGAUGGAUCAUCGCUAUUCCGGUGAUCGGAGGAAUCGUAUCGAUCUUGAUGGCUUAUCUCACAUGGCUGAUCUACAAGGAAUUCGGAUGGGAAAUAUUCAAAUUGAUUGGGGCGGAUCUGGGGCUCAAGCGGAUCUUGCAGAAGAAAUACCUCUUCCACAUGUUGCAGAAAUUCGCCCUCUUCUUCUUCAUCGGCCUGAGUUUGCAAUUCUUGAUGCUGGCCUCCAGCAUGACUCCCUCUGAACGGAUCCUGACUAUUUGUGCUUUGCCGUUCAGCUUGGGCGUCGUUAUGCUAGGCGGAUUUGCUGUCAGUAAAGAAAUCCGGUGGAUGAUGGGCAUUUACUAUGUCUGCUGGACCGGGGCAACCAACUUCGGCAAGGGACUCCUAGAAGCUCCAGCAGUGCUCAACGAAUCGAUAUGGUCGAAGUUCUGCAGUCCACGGAAUACAAGCGGGGGAGGGCUGGGAGGGAAAGGCGCGACGAAGCCGGGGAUCUCGAGCAAGACGACAAAGCUCGACCGGCACAGUCGGAUGACUUUGGGCGGCCGGGGCGGCACCGAAGAGGAGCUCAGUCCGCCGGACCAUGACCGCAUCACCGUUCUCGAUGAGGCCCAUCAUCGUCGCCCGACUAGACCGGAAAUGAUCCAGCUCCAAAACCAGCAGUAUCGCAUGUCCAUGGAUUAG